AUGGCAGAAAUCCCAACCACACAAAAACAAUAUCGUCUACAACAUUUUGAAGGCACACAUGGUCUUACUCUCUUCCCUUCAGAACCAGUAGAAACUCCCCAAAGAAAACAAGUCCUUGUUCGUUUACAUGCAGCCAGUCUCAACUUUAGAGACAUUCUCAUCUCGAGAGGUCAAUUUGGAAGUUUCUCCUUCCCACCAGGAUUAAUUCCACUCUCAGAUGGAGCUGGACAAGUAGUUGCCUUGGGAGAUGAAGUAACUUCCUUUCAAAUUGGUGAUCGUGUAUGUGGAACCUUCUUUGAAACUUGGCAAGAUGGUCCUAUCACUCCUGACAAUGUCUCUCGUGCUCUUGGUGCUACUGUACCAGGAGUCUUGGCUCAAUAUCGUGUCUUUGAAGAGAGUGCUUUGAUCAAGUUUCCUUCUCAUUUGAGUUAUGAACAAGCUUCAACCUUACCAUGUGCUGCAGUCACUGCAUGGAGUGCUCUCAAUGAGAAUGGUGUCAAGGCAGGCCCAGGCGAAACUGUUCUCAUUAUUGGAACUGGUGGUGUCUCUCUGUUUGGUCUUCAAUUUGCAGUAAGAGCUGGUUGCCAAGUUAUGGUACUGUCCUCCAGUGAUGAAAAGUUAAAACUCGCUCAAUCUCUUGGUGCUUCUUUUUUAAUUAAUUAUAAGAAACAUCCAGAUUGGGAAAUUAAGGUGAGAGAAAUUACUAACGGAAAAGGUGUCGAUCAUGUGUUGGAAGUUGGUGGAGAGGGCACUUUGAAUCGUUCACUGGAUGCUGUGCGUUUGGGAGGGCAUGUCCAUAUUAUUGGUGUUUUGGCCAAGUCUGCUGGAACCUGUAGUGGAUUUGGAGAGAAGGUUCUCUAUAGUUCGGUCCAGAUGAGGGGAAUUUAUAUUGGAUCGAGAGGUGUGUUUGAGAGGAUGAACAAGUCCAUUGAAAUUAAUGAAAUUAAACCUGUUGUAGAUAGGGUGUUUGACUUUGAGAAUGUAAAAGAAGCUUUUGAGUAUUUGGCUAGUGGAAAGCACUUUGGAAAGGUUGUAAUCAGAAUUGACUAG